GCGAGGCGAGAUCACACUGCGGAGUUAACAGACAGGCUGGAAACAAAUGUAACAAGCGAGCGUCAACACCAACGGCUGUCUCUUUCCCACCAAAUGAAUUGUCAUCAAACGUCGUAGAAAGCUCGUAGAGGAAGGCCCAGGCGGGGCCCUGGAGUGGCUCAGUACAAGGGUGUGUGUUCUCACUACCACCACCCGCGCCUCUCCUCCCCCCUGGAGAAGACCAGCAGGAUGUCGGAGGCUAGAGAGCGUAGCCCCCGCCACCAGAGACCCUGGUCAGUGUACCGGGCCAACACCUUUGACCUCUCCUCUGAGAUGAUCGGCCUGGCGCUCGCAGGAAACAGCCAGGAUCCAGAUGAGCCUGUUCUAGAGUUCAGUGUGGCCUGUAAUGAGUUGGUGACCCCAGCUCUGGAGCGGAAACCCAACAGCUUUGUGGCAGUGAGCUGCACCACCCCUCCCCAGGCCUUCUGGACCAAACACACCCAGACUGAGAUCAUCGAGGGCACCAAUAACCCUAUAUUCCUGAGCAGCAUAGCCUUCUUCCAGGACUCUCUGAUCAACCAGCAGACGCAGGUCAAGCUGUCUGUGUACGACGUCAAGGACCGCUCUCAGGGCACGAUGUAUUUAUUGGGCUCAGCUCUGUUUCCUGUGAAGGAGUUGCUGCAGGAGAAGAACCACAGGUUAAACCUGACCCUGAGAUCUGCAGAGAACAAGCACGUGGGGAACAUCACCAUCAUUGCCUGGCAGAUAGAGGAGAAGAGGGACCAGAGGACUCUGCCUGUUGCCAGGUUACCAGACACCAUCAACGGCAGGACCGUGCUUCCGGUGGAUGAGAGCCUGACAGAAUCCAUGGGCGUCAGAGCCAAAUAUGCAUCUUUAUGCAAAGACACCCUGCUGACAUCAGUGUUUGGAGGCACCAUGUCCAGAAUGUACCGUUUCCCCACCACGGACGGUCACCAUCUGCGGGUGCUAGAACAGAUGGCUGAAAGUGUGUUGUCUCUCAACAUCCCCAGACAGUAUGUCAAACUACUGCUGGAGGAGGACGCUGUCAGGGUUUGUGAGCUGGAGGAGCUGGGGGAGUUGUCACCAUGCUGGGAGAACCUACGACGACAGAUAGUCACUCAGUACCAGACCAUCAUCCUCGCCUACCAGGAGACUCUCUCUGACCUCACCAACUACAAGGGUCCGUCGUUCAAGGCCAGUAACCUGAAGGCAGAGAGGAAGCUGGAGUUCAUACCCACCAACCUUCAUGUCCAGAGGAUGAGGGUGCAGGAUGAGUCUGGCUUUGACCACACGUAUGACGUGGUGACUAUCGGGGCUCCCGCCGCCCACUGCCAGGGCUUCAAGAACAGCGGCCUGCGCAAGCAAAUCACCAAGUUCGAGGAGGCCAAGAAACACAGUGCCCUGUCCAGCUGUCAGUCUAUAGUGUACAUCCCCCAGGACAUUGUCCGGGCCAAGGAGAUCAUCUCCCACAUCAACACCCUGAAGACCCAGGUCAGCUACUAUGCUGAGAGACUGUCCCGCGCCGCCAAGGACCGCUCUGCCAACGGUCUGGAGAGGACCCUCGCCAUCCUGGCUGAUAAGACUCGCCAGCUGGUGACGGAGUGCGACUGCAAACUGCUGGCCUCGGCCAUCCAGGCACUGAACGCGGCACGCCCCGAGUUUAUUGCCUCCAAGGCGUCACCCUCCGCCGACGCCACCGAUCAAGUAGUCCUGCGCAACGACCGGGACACGCUGCUGGCCAAGUGGAGCGGAUGCAACAGCCGCUCCUCGCUGCACGUCGACUGGCACGAGGAGGAGUGGGAGAAGGUGUGGGUAAAUGUAGACAAGAGUCUGGAGUGUAUCAUCCAGCGGGUGGACAAACUCCUUCAGAAGGACCGUCUGCCUGGCGACAGCAGCCAGGGGGACACUACCCCAGACCACCAGCAGGGCGGCAGUAGUAAAAAAGGUAACCAGAGUACCAGGGCGUUCUGGAUCAACCCCGACUGCAUGACCCAGGAGGAGCCUUCAUCAUCAUCAUCAUCAUCAUCACUACCUUCCUCAUCAUCCUCCCUCCUGCCUGCUCUCACCCUGAAUCUGACUCAUGCAUGCCCACCCAGCCCUGACAAAAACCCAUAUGGCAGCCCCAGUGGCGAGGAGGAUUUCCCAGGGGAGUGGAGCGAGGCGCUGUACCCUCUCCUCACCACGCUGACAGAGUGUGUGGCUAUGAUGAGUGACAAGGCGAAGAGCUCCAUGGUGUUCCUGUUGAUGCAGGACAGUGCUCCUACCAUCGCCAUGGACCUCUCCCUGCAAUACAGACGAGACGUGGUCUUCUGCCAGACGCUCACUGCCCUCAUCUGUGGCUUCAUCAUCAAGCUGAGGAACUGUCUCCGUGACGAUGGCUUCCUCAGGCAGCUCUACACCAUCGGCCUGCUGGCCCAGUUUGAGUCUCUGCUCAGCACCUACGGCGAGGAGCUGUCCAUGUUGGAGGACAUGUCGGUAGGCAUCAUGGACCUACGGAACGUUACCUUCAAGGUGACCCAGGCAACCUCCAGCUCCUCCCCCGACAUGCUGCCGGUCAUCACUGGCAACCGGGACGGCUUCAACGUCCGCAUCCCGUUGCCGGAGACCAUGUUUGACGCGUUGCCGCGGGAGAUCCAGAACGGCAUGCUGCUGCGCGUCCAGCCGGUGCUCUUCAACGUGGGAAUCAACGAACAGCAGACGCUGGCAGAGAAGUUUGGAGACACGUCUCUGCAGGAGAUCAUUAACCUAGAGAGUCUGGCCAGACUCAACUCCUACUAUCAACAGUUCAAGGAGGUCUUACCUGAGGACUGCCUGCCCAGGUCCCGUUCCCAGACGUGUCUACCAGAGCUGCUGAGGUUCCUGGGACAGAACGUCCACGCCAGGAAGAACAAGAAUGUAGACAUCCUGUGGCAGGCAGCAGAGAUCUGUCGUCGUCUGAACGGUGUGCGUUUCACCAGCUGUAAGAGUGCUAAGGACCGCACGGCCAUGUCUGUCACCCUGGAGCAGUGUCUGAUCCUACAGCACGAACAUGGCAUGGCCCCACAGGUCUUCUCCCAGGCCCUCGACUGCAUGCGCAGUGAGGGCUGCAGACGGGAGAAUACCAUGAAGAACGUGGGAUGUCGCAAGUAUGCUUUUAACUGUCUGCAGCUCAAGGCCUUCCCCAAACAUUACAGGCCCCCCGACGGAACGUUUGGGAAGGUUGAGACUUGAUUUGGAUCAUAAUAUAUUCUAUUGUAAUAGGGACAGCAACAACAAUGGCAGCAUAAAAAAAAAAUGAAUCAAUGGUUAGAUGGUCUUCAACCUACUGUAGCUGCAGAAGUCCUGUGGUAAAUACCUGUGCACUGAAUCGAUGCAUAUUUUCCAUUUCGAAGACAAAUAUCAAAAACCGUGGAAUGGGGAAAAUGCCAAACCACUACUAGUUGAGAAACGAUAUAUAGAAUUUAUUCAGACCUCACAUGCAUACCUUUCUAGAUUGUUCUGAAGUUGUAGAUAAGUCAGGUGGGACUAGUAACAACACUGUCUGGUUACAUCACGUUUUUAGGGUAGUCAAGAUACAGCAAGGAGGUCGUUUUCCUGAAAAGACGGUCACUGAUUCUUUACCACUAUACACAGUGAUGACUUUUAGUUCUUUUCAGAGCCUCAGGCAAUCUAUAGGUCACCAAACGUUCAUACUGGGACGAUGCUACUUCAUGCUGACUAUGUUGAAAGUUGUCUCUCAACCCAUAGUUAACAUGUAAACUGGGAUUCGUACAUUUGGUUGGCGUCAUUGGCCAGAGCCUAUGCAUUUCAGAGUCCUUAUUUAGGGAGUGUUUUACGUAUGGACUACAUUACAUUUUACAUUUUAGUCAUUUAGCAGACGCUCUUAUCCAGAGCGACUUACAGUAGAGUGCAUACAUUUUAUUACAUUU